GGGUUUGGCACCAACAUCCCGCCCAGAGGAGUGCGGCUGCUGCCCAAAUCCUUCCAGGCAGCUAAUCAAAGGCACUUGUAGCACGGAGAAGAGCUUUAAGUCCAUUUUGGCCAGCUCUGGCAGUUUCAAACCAACGUGUCUGGCUGUCUAUCUGUUCUUCUGUCUGUCUAUUUGCUUGCCUGGCUGCUGGAGACUUUGCCUGUGUCACCCCUACCUUGCAGAAGGGCAGACCUGUUCCUCACAACUUGGGAUAUCUCAUCAUGCACACGACGAGUCUCAGCAAAUUCUUACUGCUGGCUUCAUCCCUUUUCUUCACUGUGUCAUCAGCUGUUCCCCAAGGUUUUUCACCAUCCCUGAGGAGCGGGCCAGGAGCUACUUGUAGGUUGUCCCGGGCAGAGGCAGAACGCAGGUGCCGAGCACCAGGACAACCACCCGGGAGCCAGCUGUGCAAUGGCCGAGGCCGCUGUGAUUGUGGAGUCUGCAUCUGCCACGUGACAGAACCUGGCAUGUACUUGGGGCCUCUCUGUGAGUGCCACGAAUGGGUGUGUGAAACCUACGAUGGGGAGACCUGUGCAGGCCAUGGAAAGUGUGACUGUGGCAAAUGUAAGUGUGAUGAAGGAUGGUAUGGUGAAGCUUGCCAAUACCCAACUAAUUGCAAUCUUACAAAGAAAAAAAGCAAUCAGAUGUGUAAGAAUUCUCAAGAUACCAUCUGUUCUAAUGCAGGUACAUGUCACUGUGGCAGAUGUAAGUGUGAUAAUUCAGAAGGAAAUGGACUAGUUUAUGGGAAAUUUUGUGAGUGUGAUGACCGAGAAUGCAUAGAUGAUGAAACAGAAGAAAUGUGUGGAGGCCAUGGAAAGUGUUACUGUGGAAACUGUUACUGUGAGGCUGGUUGGCAUGGAGAUAAAUGUGAAUUCCAGUGUGACAUCACCCCCUGGGAGAGCAAGAGAAGAUGUACAUCUCCAGAUGGCAAAAUCUGCAGUAACAGAGGAACAUGUGUGUGUGGCGAAUGUUCUUGCCAUGAUGUAGAUCCAACAGGAGACUGGGGAGACAUUCAUGGAGACACCUGUGAAUGCGAUGAAAGAAAUUGUAGAUCAGUCUAUGAUAGGUAUUCUGAUGACUUCUGUUCAGGUCAUGGGCAGUGUAACUGUGGAAGAUGUGACUGCAAAGUAGGCUGGUCUGGGAAAAAAUGUGAGCAUCCCCUUUCCUGCCCAUUGUCUGCUGAGGAUAGCAUCAAGAAGUGCCAAGGAAGUUCCAAUUUGCCCUGCUCUGGAAGAGGCAAAUGUGAAUGUGGUCAGUGUACCUGCUAUCCUCCAGGAGAUAGCAGAGUUUAUGGCAAAACCUGUGAAUGUGAUGAUCGGAAGUGUGAAGACUUGGAUGGGACAGUCUGUGGAGUCCAUGGUAAAUGUUCCUGUGGUCGCUGCAUUUGUGAGAGAGGGUGGUUUGGAAAACUCUGCCAAUAUUCAAGAAAAUGCAACAUAACUGAAGAAGAAAGCAAAAGUUUGUGUGAAUCAGCAGAUGGCAUAUUGUGCUCAGGGAAGGGCUCUUGUCACUGUGGGAAGUGCAUCUGUUCUUCUCAGGAAUGGUACAUUUCAGGGGAAUUCUGCGAAUGUGACGACAGAGACUGCGACAAGCACGAUGGCCUCAUUUGCACAGGCAAUGGAAUAUGUAGCUGUGGAAACUGUGAAUGCUGGGAUGGAUGGAAUGGAAAUGCUUGUGAAAUCUGGCUUGGGGCAGAAUAUCCUUAACAAUUACAUGACAAAGGACUAAGUUCUUUUUUUUUAGGCCAUUAGAACACAUAAAUGCACAGCAAACAGCAUAUAAUCACCACUAGGGCUACUCAAGCAAACUAUUGUAUGUUUUUUUCUAUUUCUGAAUGCCGGAGUAAAAUCUGGAUACCUAUUAAAAAUAAGUCUAAGCAGUUUGUGAUGGAAAUAGUACAAGAAAGGACUUGCUUACGUAAUUUGCACAGUUGUCAGCUCUAUACAUCAUCACACAAUGAAAACCACAUUAAGCCUAAUGAGGCAGAGAACUCACCUAUGAAAUUGCAAAGUUAUUGAUCAGACACAGACUAUACCAUGUCCUAAUCUGAACCUCUAAAUGUGGAUGAUAGAAAAGUCAAUGCCAUAGUACAUCCAGUUUGUAGCAAGUGCUCACAGUGACUACAAAAUGCAAUCAUUCCCUUUCAAAAUCGAUCACUUUCAACCUUUAAACUUGUUUAAUUUUCACAUUGCAGAACUCAAAAAGUUCAUGUAAAGAAACCCUUAAGAUGCAGAGAGUAAUUUAAAAAAAUGUACAAUUUACAAAUUUUUAAUAAAUAAUGUCAUGUUAUUAUUCUAAUUGUGAAUAUGGACUAUCUGUUGAUCAUUAAAAAACAGAAAUAAUUAUGUAUUGCUAAAUUUGGAAAUAAUCUGAUUAAUAAUAGUCAGCAUUUAUAUAGUAUUUUAAGAAUUGUAAAGUACUUUGGAAAUGGCCAAAGGGUCAGUAUAUGUAGAGAAAUUUUCUCAAUAUGUAAAUUUCUUGUUAGUAAGUUAAGGCAUUUAGAGGACUCUGACUAGAUGUCCUUGUGGUUUAAAUGACUUCUUAUAUGCCUUUGAUGGCCAGUAUUUAGUUACUAGGAAAACAAUCAUUAGAAAAUAUAAUUUGGAGAUAUAUUGUAAUCCAAUGUAACAAAGCUUUGAUAAGGGCAACAUAAAGGACCAAUACAGUUUUGAAUAGCAAAUACAGAUAGUUGUAUUGGUAUGAGCAAAAUAUUAUUUCAUCUCGAUGAAAUGUUGGUAUGAAAUUCCCAUUGAAUUAUGAAAAUACACAAUUAUUGAGACAUCCCUAAUUUAUUUACCAUUAAAUCUGAUUAUGCACGUCAAUAUUGGCAACUUUUCUAAAAUUUAAGGGCAAAAAUGUUAAUAUGCAUGUUCUACUGAAAUUGCUUAAAUUUGGCAAAGUAAAUUGGUAGAAUUGUAGUAGAAUUUAAGGAGUUAUUUUAAUAUUUUGAAAUCUGCCCAUUUAAGUUGCAAAUUCCAAUGUCCAAAAUAGACAUUUUUGAAUGAUGAUCUAUGCUUUUGAAGUGGUUAACAUUAAAACUUAG